AUGACGAGAAAGAAAGUGGAGCUUGUGUAUAUCACCAACGAUUCAAAAAGGAAAGCUUCCUACAAGAAAAGAAAAAAGGGUUUAAUGAAGAAAGUGAGUGAACUAAGUACCCUUUGUGGGGUCGAUGCUUGUGUUAUUAUGUACAACCCUUAUGAUCCUCAACCUGAGGUUUGGCCAUCCCCCAUGGGAGUCCAACAAGUGCUCUCCAAGUUCAGGCAGAUCCCUGAAAUGGAACAAAGCAAGAAAAUGGUGAACCAAGAGAGUUUCCUUAUCCAAAGGAACACUAAAGCCAGUGAACAACUCAUUAAACAGUGCAUGAUCAAUCGGGAAAAGGAGAUGACUCAUGUCAUGUUCCAAAACCUCGUGGGCAAAGAUGGCAUCGAUGGCUUGAACAUGAUGGAUUUGAAUGAUCUCGGGUGGCUGAUUGAUCAGAACUUGAAGGAGGUCGAAAAGAGGAUUGAUUCACUUACCCAAACAUCUCAUGAUCCCCAGGGCUCGUCUUCAUUUGUGGCUGCAACACCAUCGGUGAUGCCGAACGCAAUGUCGAGGACGACUGUCGGGGACAACGUGCAAACGGAGGCGAACAACAUAGAUUCGAUGCAGGUACAAUAUUGGACCACGGAGCUGAUGAAUGAUAAUCCACUAAGUCAUGUGAGAUUUUGUGGAGAUGAGAUGGUGUUCCCAUUUGUGGAUAACGUUAACGUCAACAAUAAUUCCUUUUCCGAAUGA